CAGAGGCCAUGUUUCGGUGAACUGAGUGACGAGCAGAAAGAGAAAUUGCGACAGUUUAAGGUAAAGUUUAAGGAAAAUGGAAAGGCUAACUAGCUAGCAUCAACUAGCGGCUACUCCUUUUUGGUUUGCCUCUCAGAUCAAGACGAGACUCGACAACGAGAGGUACCUGAGAGCACACCCUGAGCUAGGGGGGAUGAUAGGAGCCUUUAUAAGUAAAUUGAUUCUCAACAAACCGACGAAUAUUCGAGAAUUUGCUGCAGAUCACUUCACGACCCUUGACGCUCACGCUGCCCCCUCCACAGAAAGAAGCGACAGCGCUGAGUGAUCACCGUGUUCUCCUCUGAGGGUGGUGGCGGACGGAGAAACAUGCAGAAACAUGCUCGGAACCAACAGUGUCACGCAACAUCUCUAAACAAGACAGGACAGGUAGACACCCAUCCAGGUCAGAUCCAACCAGACGUGGGACGGAGGCAGAACGACACACACCUCUCUCUGUCUGCAUUAGUUUCUGAAAAGGAGAAGGCACCGAAUCUGCUGAAGCUUCUCCCCAUGUCUCCAAAGGCAGGAACGUGGUUGUUUGUGCUCGCUGUGGCCUGCUCGGUCGUCGCUACCGUCUGCCCAGCUGAGACUUCAAAUGUGAUGUCCGUAGAUGACGUCGUCUUCAUCGGCAAAAAGCUGAUGAUGAAAUGCCAGACUAAAGGUUACCCUGCACCUUCAGCAACCCUGAUGAGCAGCGUCUUCAACAGCAGUGUCCUGACUGCAGGAGGAAAACCCGCAGACCAGUCCAACAGCCUCCUGUCCACCUUUCUUCCUGUGCUGAAUUCCCUCACCGCGGCCACAAGCAAGAACCCGCCUGGCCAAAUCCCCGUGGAGGCCUUAGAGAAAAUGAAGAGCAACAUGUGGAACUGCAGUUAUCUUCCUGCCAUGAUAAGGACGAUAAGGAACUCUUCUGAGCAAGUUAAAUGCUACAUGGAGGCGUUUGUGGCUCCUCUGUCCUGGGCGACCGCAGCAUCACUGAGUACAAGCACCUUCAGCUCAGCCGACUACGACACGCUGCUGUCAGCCGCCAGAUCUGUGCUGCUGGACGUUUCCUCUGCAGUGAUGAACCUUCCCGCCACCAUAGACGGACAAAAGCUGAAACAGAUGAUGAUCACGCUGCGGAGCGUGUACGGCACCCUGAACGAGGACCAGAGGGCCGAGGUGUUGAACUGGGCUAGAGAGCAGAUCGUCCAGAACAACUUCAGCUGCACGCUGAAGAAAACACCCAACUCUAAACCAAAACCGUUGGCUUCGUGCAAACCGACUGUGAAAUGGCUAGACUCGGAUGCUCUGAACAUGAUCGGGCCGUUUCUCUCCAGUUUACAACCCACUGACGUCGAUGCCUCUCCACAGGGAACUCUGUGUGCCUACUUCACCUCAGGCCAGUUCUCGUCCUCCGUGAGUGGAGUGACCCGAAUGAACCCCAGCUUAGCCAAGAUGCUUCUGCAGAGCUUCCAGCAAUGCUUCAGUCCAAACGAGUUUCAGAAAUAUCUGGAUAAACUUGGCCCCUUGGCUUGUUACUACAGCGCUUCAAACUUGACCUCUGACCUCAGCAAGAAGCUCCUCUCUCAGCUGACAAGCUGUGACAGCUCCAUAACCUCUAAGCUGGAGAAAGCCCUGAUCAAAAACGUGUUGUCAGGUCCCAUCACCGCUCAAGCUCUGCGUGACCUGGGCCGUAACGUUGCUCUAGUGCCGCCCAAGCAGCUGGCCACUCUCUCCUCAGCUGAUGUCAAAGAUCUCCUCCAGAACCCGGGCGUUGAAUGGUCUCGGAGCCAGAUGUUCACUCUGGUUAAGAAACAGCUGGGCGGGAAGAAGUGUGGGGAGGUGUUGGGCGCGGACGUGAUGGCCCUUCAGUCGGUGGCCGCGGGUCUGCCGAGCUGUGCACUGAAGAAACUCAAAGCUCAAGAUGUCCUAGCUAACACAGAGGCUCUGAGGAACAUGUCCAAGCAGAUGAAUAAGGGGCAGCUGAAGGCCGUGCUGGAGGGGCUUGGCGGGAACGCCAGCCUCUCAGAUCUGAUGGAGAAGCUGCCUGGGCCUUUGCUUCGUUGCGUUUCCCUCACCAACCUAAAAAAAGCCAACAUCACCUCUUUGGACCAAGUGGAGAAUAAAACCUGGAGUGUGUCACAGGCAGCUUACCUGGCGAAGAAGAUGCGCGAGCUGAACAAGGUUAACUUCAGGAGGCUGAAGUCGGUCCUGCAGGGCGUCACCUGUAAGAUGAUCGCAGAAGUUAACGACAGCCAGCUGCUGGAGACGGUUCAGGCCUUGGCAGAAGCGCCGCAGUGGCUCUCCAAAACUCAAGUGAGAUGUGCUGCAGGAAGACUUUUUAAGAGUUUGGAGCAGAAGAGAAGCGACUACUUCAGAAACAUCACCGAGCAGGAGCUGGCUGCCAUUCCUAACUUGCUCCUACUUUAUAUGACGCCUGAAAAGGUGAAGGACCUACCCGACUCCGUGUGCCAGGCGUUCCUCGACAAGAUGGCGGCGGCUGACCUGAACUCGCUGCCUCUGAACGCGCCGUCUCGUCUAGCGCUCACACAGAGAGCUCUGCUCUGCCUGACGAUCGGGAAGAAUCUGUCUGAAUUGACCAAAGCGGACGUGUUGAGGCUUGGACCAAUCCUGUGUGAGACGCCGCCCUCCAGACUUGCCCUGAUGGCUCCUGAUGUGAUCCAGUUCAGCCUCCAGGCCAUGGCCUCCUGCCAGAGCAUCCCCCAGCUCCACAGGCCCGACCUGGUCCGACUGGUCACCCAGACGUUCGGGAGUCCAUCCAACUGGACAGCUGCGCUGGUGGAAUCAGUCGGUCCCCUCAUCCUCUUGGAUGAUAACGCCACGUCUGCUCUGCCCAAUGCCCCUUGGAUGAAGGAUAGUCUCGCGUUCCUUAAGUUAAACCUCAUCCGCAUGUCAGAUGCUUUCAGAAAGAAGUACUUUGAAGUUGCCACUGCCGCUGCAUCAAGUUCAGCACGCAGGAGGAGAGCAGCCAACAGCACGACUGCACCCUCCGCGGCUCUGAUUGAAGAACUGGGACUGGACAACGUCCUCUGGACAGCGUCCCAGCUGGACGGGAUGUCAGACGGCACCUUCCUGGCUGCUGUAGACACACUCGGGUCGGUUCCUGGGUACAGCCCGGACCAGCUGGUCGUGCUCAGUAAAAAGGCAGUCCAGGUGUUUGGCCCCGUGUCGCAGAUGAACGAGAGCGCCGUCGUGCAGCUGAGGUGCAUCGCUCAGGGCUUCUCCAACGCGGACCUGGCUGGGCUUCCGCUGCCCCUCGACAGUCUGGAUGAAGUCGCUCUCUGCGGCUGGAAGGACUCGCAGAUACCGUCGGUGUGGAGGGCUGUUGCUAAGUACAACAACCUGACAGCGUCGCUGCUGGACUCCACAGCGAUGGUCACUCUGAACCGGUUCUUCUGCGGUCUGAGCUCCGGCGAGAUCAGUCAGCUCAGCGUGAACGCCUUCAGGGAAGCGGUGGGGUCGAUGGAUAAUCUCCCGUGUCCGCUGGACGUGCUACAACAACUCAAACAGCUGGCCGUGUCUUCGUUUGGAAGUCCCGACACCUGGACCGAAGCUCUGGUGUCCGACUUGAGAAACAUCACCGCUGGGCUGAAUGCAAAUGAAGCGGCUUCUCUGGACCCGUCGGUCUUCUCGUUCCUCAACCAAGCUUCUAUUCCACUUUUUCCUCCUCAGGUCUUUGCUGCCCUCUCUCCUGCCCAACUGGAGAAUCUCGGUCCUGACAACGCCGCCAUGGUGACCAGCGGACAGCGAGCAGCUCUAACACCUGAGCAGCUCAGGGUCGUUAACAGGUUGGCGACUGGUUCUGCUGACUCACAGGCUCCUCCUCAGUCCUCAGCAGCUCCAGCUCUGAGGGUGGAGGCGGUCUUCUCUGCUCUGUUCCUGCUCAUCGGGCUGCUUCUGCUGUGAGGACAGAGCCGACGUCCUGAAGGAGCGUUCGCCUCAGAAAAUCACACACACACACACACACACACACUUCAGGGUAACAUUCUGAAUGUUCAUUUUUCCAGCUGCGUGUUGAUAAGAGUAUUUUAAGGGUGAUAAAUGAGUUUGAUGCUUUGUGUGAAUAUAAUAUAUGUGAUAAGAUAAAUGGGGACAAACUGAUUUAACUCA